AAGGGCCCAGAUUUGCUCCCCAGAGAUAAGGUCAUGUUAUGUGAUCAUCGGUUUAAGCCCAUAAUCCUCCUCUAAUCACGAAUAUUCGAUGUCUGCUCAUAGAGAAGCGGCAGAGUUUGUUUCCACACGGAGGAGUGAGAGCAGGUAGAGAUGCCUCUGAGCGGGACCGAGCUGUCCUCCCCGCCGAGGCCAUGAUGCUGGCGGCGGCGGCGGCGCUGCUGCCGGCCCUCCUGCACGCCGCCCUGGCCUUCGGGGUUUGCCCCCACGCCUGCCUCUGCUACGAGUCCUCCGACCUGGUGGACUGCAAGUCCCGGGGGCUGGUCCGGCUGCCGCCCGGCGUCCCCCACAGCACCUGGCUGCUGGACCUCAGCGGGAACCGGCUGACCGAGGUGAGAGCCAAGUCCUUCGUGGGACUGUGGUCCCUGAAGAUCCUCCUGGUGUCCAACAACAGCAUCCACGCCCUGCACCCUCAGGCUCUGGCGUCUCUUCAGUUCCUGGAGAGGCUGAGCCUGAGCUUCAACCGGCUGCGCUGGCUGCCGGUGGAUUUCUCCCGAGGCCUGUCGCUGCUGCAGGACCUGCGGCUGGACCACAACCUGCUGCAGCACAUCGACUCGUCCUCGCUGGCGGACGCCGACGGCCUGAGGAAACUGGACCUGAGCCACAACCGCAUCCGGGCCCUGGACCCGGCGGCCUUCAGCGGCCUGUCCCGCCUGAGCGUCCUCAACCUGGAGGGGAACCGGCUGAACGCGCUGAAGGAGGGUCUGCUGAGCCGCCAGCAGGGCCUGGAGGUUCUGCUGCUGGGACACAACAACAUCUCGCUGCUGGAGCCCGAGGCCCUGGCCCCCCUGCGGAGCCUGACCCUGCUGGGCCUGCGGGGGAACCAGCUGGUCCACAUCCGCUUCAAGACCUUCCUGAAGCUGCACACCACCAGCACCCAGCUGCAGAUGUCCUCCAACCCCUGGACGUGCGACUGCGAGCUGCAGCGCGUCUUCGCCAAGAUCCAGCGCGUGCGCCACCUGCACGUGGAGGACUACGGGGACAUCGUGUGCCGCGCGCCCGCCCAGCAGGCCGGGAACUCGCUGGCCUCGCUGGACAGCCAGCUGUGCAUCGCCGAGACGGCGUCGGUGCUCGUGAUCACCAUCACGGUGCUGCUGGCGGUGAUCGGGACGCUGGUCAAAGCCAAACGCAACGGCAUGAAGAACAAGCAGGCGGCGCCGGAGGACGACUCCCAGAGGAGGGAGGAGUGA